AUGGUCGACUGGAAUACAGACAACUUCAUGGUCGAGUGGAACUCGAAAUAUGUGUCGACGAACGUAAAAGCGGGAGCAAGACCUUACGACGAAAAAAUGUUUCUGGAAAUGAAUUCGCAGUUGGCCGUGCUGCCAGAGCUGCAAAACUGCAGCUAUGCCAUUAUCGCUGUGGCAUGCUGCGCCGUUGGCCGUGCAGAUAUUGUUGGUCGAUUCUUUGAUAGCCUCACCGCCAACACAGAAGCAGAAAACUCGAAGGAAAUAUUCCUUCGUCUUCGAGAAGCUAUCACCAUCGUCUUUCCUUAUCUUGGAAUGCCAACGUGUAUACCGGCCUGCUAUGGUAUGAUUGGAGUCGUCCAAAGAAAAGGCCAGGAUUUUGCUUCAACAAAAGUCCUUCGUAAGCCAACAGUGGACGAAGAGGACGCCAGGAGAGGGAUUGAGCUCCGAACAAGAAUAUACAAGAAUGUUGGAAAUUCUGAAAUAUUUGUUAUGACUUGGGGUUAUUUGAUCGCAAAGGCCAACGACGAAGUUUUCCUAGUUAACGAAUCUCACCUCAUUGUCGCAUCUACGAUCAUGGCAUUAGGGGCCACUCGCCAGACUAUAAGUCACAUCAAAGCCACCUUAGGUAUUGGAAACUCAGUGACAUGUGUCAAGACUGUCAUGAACGCUAUCAUUAACAUCACAUAUUGGGCAGACCGUUCAAUAUUGGCAUUUGACGUUGACCAGCUCUCUAAAGAAAUUCAAUAA